CCUCUUACUCCUCUCUUUCGCUACCAAUGGCGCCCCUGACUGAGCAGAGCCAAGAGUGCGUGGCUGCCGUCCUGACGACCAUCACCAGCCGCCUCAGCACCGCCGACAACCGGCCCACAACCAAUGCUGACCUGGAAAACGCUCAAGAGCAACUGGUGGGGGAGAGGGGGAGGCUGAGGGCCCUUGGCAAUGGACGGAUGCUUCUUCUGUGUGUGUGUCUGUGUUUGUCAGACGGCCAUCUGUCUGGAUGCGCUUGAGCUGUCGGUGUAUGAUGUGGACGAAACACGGGGGCCGACAGAGGAGAGGCGGACGCUCGACAAUGCCGCGGAGAUCAUCAACACACGUACUGUGUCAGCCCGGCUUCACACACAGACACAUGCUCCACUUCCCUCUUCCCUCUCUCUCUCCCCCCGUGCAAUACAGACAUUGUGGUGUCGUUCUUCGGCUCUCACAUGGACAUCACACACAUCGCCGCCACAUGGCUCCACAUGGACGUACGUCACACACGAAACAGAGCAUGAUACACAUUAGACUGCAUGGCCCCCUUUCUGCAGUUCCCAUCGAUGGUGCGUGCCAUGGGUCUGCCCGAUGAGUCAUUACACGACACCAAUGCCAUCGCCAGGCGGAUGGACGAGGGUCGCUCCCUCGUCGGCUAUGUGGAUGCGGCCAGCCACGCUGAGAUGUUCCCUGCGGCCGACAGGGGGAAGCUGAGCCUGCUGUUCGGGCGGAUGGAGUGGGCCACAUCGUCGCUGCUGAGGAGAAUCCUUGUGCAGGUGGACGGUGAGAGAGGGGGGAGGAAGGGAGAGAGAGAAGAGACAUCUUAUGCGAUGUGUAUUGCAGUGCCUGAUGUGCUCAAGGCGAGAUUUGAAGCCAUGUGAGCGAGACACCUGACACACACAGCAAGUCAGCUGCAUUGUGUCUCCCUCCCUCAUCAUGCAGGCUCUCAUCCUUCGACGCAUCCCCGUUCGACCCCCGCAAGGCCAUCGUCAAGUCGCAGAUCGCCAAACUCGACGCCAUCGUCGCAUUCAGACGUCACGCAAACCUCAUGACCACGGAGGAGACACAGCCGCAGCCGCAGCCCCAGCAAUCUCCCGAACGGUCGCCGUCAUCCCCGCAGGGCCAAGGUGGCCUUGCCCGUCUCCCCUCAUUCACAGCACAGGGGCGCGCGCAGUUCAAACAAGACAAAGAAGAAGGGAUUGCACCACUCGGCAGCGGCGUCUUCGCACGCGGCGCCGACGAUUCGCCCACAAAAGAAACACAUCUGUCCGACCAGCUGACGAUGGACAUCGCCUUUCUGCGGGAGAAGAGCAAGGCCCUGAUGCGCCAGCAAGACAGACCAGGGGAGAGGGGGGCAAACGAGCAGCCACGGGGGUCGAUGGAGUCGAUAACGACACCUCAGUUCGCAUCGAGAAACGACAAGACAGCUGCAGCGGCCUUCACUGCCGCAGCUGACGGCCAGGCAGGGCACACAGUGGGGCGACUUUAUAAUGACGGACGUGGGAGACAGCGGGAGAUGGGCGACGAAGAGGGGCAGCGACAACAGGGACAGACUGAGGGUAACUGGCAAGGGGGCCGCGAGCCCCAACAGCAGCAGCAGCAGCAGCAGCGGGCGGAGGGGAGGGAAGAGACACGUCCAAUUGGCCGUGUGGGUGUGGCUGUGGGUGUGGAUGGGCGGACUGCUGCUGUUGAGAGAGCGGAUCGGUGGAUGGUGGCUGCUCGUAGGUCGCAGACCGACACCCACGAUCGGGCAUCGUUCGCCGCCACGCGUAAGCAGAGAAGAAAAGAGAGCUCACACAGGGUACACACACUUGCCCUGUCGGCCCUGUCUCUGCUGCAGACAAUUUGAGGCUCGUCUACCAAGGUGAGAGAGAGAGCUUUUCAGAUGCUCGCAUCCAAGAUGUGGAAUCUAGGUGUCUGUAUUGCGCCUGUGUGCAGCGUUGUGUGAGGACGUGAAGCAUUUCAGGUCUCUGAAUGUGCAUCUGUGUGAGGAGAACCACGUGCUGCAGCAGCUGCUUAACAGCCUCAGGGUCAGGUCGUGACGUGUGCUAGGUGUGGCGAGGUGUGGAUGUCUGUGCGGGUAAGGCGUUGAGGCGUUGUGGCAUAGAGGAGAGAGAGAGACACGUAAUGGAC